UAUGUUUUCGACUUUCCGAGCGUGCGCGGCAUCUUGGCGGCACUGCGCGCGAGAGUUUGGUUAUUGGUCACCAAUAGUUUUAUCCAUUGCAGGUACCUACGCAAUCAAAGCUCACGAUUCGCGGGUCGCGCUGGACACGGAGUCGUGCUUACCUCGUGACUUGUAGUUGUUGUCGACGGAACGACGUCGUCGCAGUGUUGUAGACGAUAGUAGAUAACGCAGUCACGGUCGCCGUUCAACAAGUGCUGCCUACGUCUCCGUACCUACUUACCGCCGAACUCGUGCGUCCCGCCAUACUUACGUCCUGUGUCGUUGUCCGUUGGAUACUUGAAUCCUGCCACCGUCGUGAUGUCGUCAAUGAAACGCAAACUUCCCGAGUGGAACGAAGACGCGAAACGCAAAUGCAGUACUUGGAUGAUCUUUCCGGGGGCCGAUGCAUUAAGACCAUACAAUAUUGUAUUUGAUUACGACAGAUUCGAAUAUGAACUUGCCGUUGGACUUGAUUUCGCACUUGCUAAUGCCUUGGAACCAGAAGAAAUUGUGGGAGCCAGUAACUUUAAUGGUGAAAUAGUGUACUUUUUCAAGUGGAAGCAUCAAGUUGCAGUAAGUUACAUAUCAUCAGAACACGCGGCAAAUUUGUAUCCUGAAGCUAUAAUUAAAUUCCAUGAGAAGUAUAACUGGCAAAUAGUUGAUACAGCAACGUCGCAACAGCAACAUGGAGGUAAUGCUGUGCGUCCUGUAAAGCCGACCCAGGGUUUUAAGAAUCAACGUGCCUAUUUCCAAAAAUGAAAUUAACAAUAAACCUAAAUACUAUCUAUAGAUAUAUAAAAGAACAAUAAUACAAGUUGCUAUUAUUAUACAUUAUAAUUUUUUUUUUUUUUUACACAGAUAAAUGUCAAAUACUGUUUAUUGUACUUUUGUACUAGAUUAAAUUAAUUAAAAAUAGCUUUUAGUCACACCAUGCAAUGAGUUAUGUGAUUAUUUUUUAGGAACCAUCAUGGUUUUGCUUUAACAAAUUACAGUGACGUGAAUUUUUGAUAGUUUUAUAAAAUGUUAUUUUGAUAUUUGUACAAACCAUGAUACAAUGCAAUGUGAAAAUAAACUGCAGGUAUGAUAGAUAUUAUAUUUAAUCACAUUUCACUCUAUUUGCAUCAUUAUUAUUAAUUUAUUUAGUGUUUACAAUAAAACUAAAAUCAUUUUAAAAGAGUAAUAAAGUAUGAAAAUAUUUAA